CAGAGUUGGUUUACACUCAAGAGAAGGAAACGAGGAGGAAAAGUGUGCGCCCUGAAAGUGAGCGUGCCGUUCAAAGAUCGCUUGCAAUGGUUUCGAGGUCAUUGCUCGACCAACAACCAAAGCAAUGCCACUUCCGUUGCCGUUGUUACUAUCCGGGCAGACAUCUCGACCAUGGUAGCCUCUGGAGUUUUCAUUACCGACUUGCAGGGCAAGUCCAUUAUCAGCCGGAACUAUCGUGGUGAUUUUCCCAUUUCCAAGGCGAUUGAAUUGUUUUCCAAGUACCUCAAUGAUGUGGAAGAGGAGUCAAGAAAGCCAAUCUUUCAUGUGGAUGUCAAUGGAGACUUUGAGUCAGGGGAUGAUGUUGGAAUGGCAGGACCAGGUGGUCAGACAUUUGUCUAUGUUGCUCAAAACAACCUAUACAUGUGUGCAGUGACAACCCGAAAUUCCAAUGUGGCAUUGAUAUUGACCUUUCUUUUCCGCUUGGGCCAAGUCUUCAAAGACUAUUUUGGCUCUUUGGAAGAGGAAUCCAUUCGAGACAAUUUCGUUAUCAUUUAUGAACUUCUCGACGAGACCAUGGAUCAUGGUCUGCCACAGGCUCUGGAUUCCACUAUUCUACGCUCCUUCAUUACCCAGGGGGCUAAUCGCAUGGCGGAAGACUCCAAGUCCAAACCACCAGUCGCGCUCACCAAUGCUGUCUCCUGGAGAGCCGAGGGCAUUCGACACAAGAAAAAUGAAAUCUUCUUGGAUGUCGUUGAAAAACUCAAUUUACUGGUCGCUGCCAAUGGAACUGUACUGCACUCGGAAAUCAAUGGAGCUGUCAAAAUGAAAUCAUUCCUCUCUGGGAUGCCAGAAUUGAAAUUGGGGUUGAAUGACAAACUCAUGUUUGAGGCUACUGGAAAAUCCAAUCAGGCACGAGGAAAAGCUGUUGAAUUGGAAGAUAUCAAAUUUCACCAAUGUGUCCGGUUGGCCAGGUUUGAAAAUGACAGAACCAUUUCAUUCAUUCCUCCUGAUGGAGAAUUUGAUCUCAUGACAUAUCGCUUGAACACUCAUGUCAAACCUCUCAUUUGGGUCGAAGCAGUGGUGGAACCUCACAAAGGAUCACGCAUAGAAUACAUGAUCAAAACCAGAUCCCAGUUCAAAUCUAGGAGUGUGGCCAACAAUGUGGAAAUCAUCAUCCCUGUCCCUCCUGAUGUUGACAGUCCUUCCUUCAAGUCAAGUGUUGGUUCUGUUACAUAUCUUCCAGACAAGGAUCAUAUUGUGUGGAAUAUCAAACAGUUCCAUGGAGGAAGAGAAUACCUCAUGCGUGCACAUUUUGGUCUUCCUUCUAUCACCGCAAGUGACGUCGACCCAGAGGCCAAAAAGAAGGGUGAAAACUCUUGGAAGGCUCCCAUUCGUGUGCAGUUUGAGAUUCCUUACUUCACAGUCAGUGGGAUACAGGUCCGGUAUUUGAAGAUCAUUGAAAGAAGUGGUUACGCUGCACUGCCCUGGGUGCGCUACAUCACUGCCAACGGUGACUAUCAACUGCGAAUGAGCUAG